AUGAGGAUUGCACCACCAGAUCUCUUGCAAACACAGUUGCUUGCCCAGGGGCAGCAGCUGCAUGACACAAAUGCAGUCACAGAGAAAUUGUGGACCCAACUGUUUGACUUGCAAAUGAGACUAUUUGAUGUUGAAUGCGAGCAUGACCUUACCCAGCUUCAUCUGGAGAUGAUGCAGAUGCACCAGCCUCCUCCCAACAAAGCUGCUCCCAAAACUUGUCACCAGCACAAACCCAAACCCAAACAGGUGGAUUACACCUAUUACCCUGAUGGUGACCAAAAUGUCAUCUGGCACAGCGAUCCAGAGACCCCAGCAUCUGAUGCUUCAGACCACCCUCCAGGUUCUCCUCAAUACACUCAUCCUACUCCUCCUCCUUUCAAUUCCAUACCUUCUCCUCAGUUUGCCCACCACUGCUAG